AUGAGUUCUUCGGCCAGCAGUAUUCUCGACUUCGGGAAUGAGUCCACCAAAGGCAUUCGCCGUUGGGGCAGCAAAACACAUACGCCCUCAUCCAACGUUUCUACACCUCUGGUAGAUCGCACCAACACUACAAGAGCCAGGUCUUCAUUCAGUGCCAGUACCGCCGACAGCACACCCUACGCUGGUGGCAUGACCACCUUCCUUCCUGAGAUGCAGAGCACACCACCCAUGCCUACCUUCCAGAAGCCAAACAUGGAGACGCCCACUCCUUUGCGCAGAGGCAGGGGCGACGAUGAGACCACUCCGUCACGGACUCAGGCCGGAAGGCGUUCUGUAAUGCAUAACGACGAGCUCGGCAUCGACAGAAUCUCGGGCUCAGCGUCACUCAUGCGACCGAAAGGUGCAUAUGCGACCACACCCCUUGCUGAUCGUAUAGGCGAAACGCCAAAUCUGCCUCGAGGAUGGAGCCAGCAGUUGGAUAGGGCGAUCUGUAUACUUGAUGCCAGCGACUACACUCUUCCGGCAAUUGUGGCCAAAGUUCGUCGCGUCUUCCCAGAGCUUAACGGCACUCUCACUCCAGCCAUGAUCGACAAGCGGCUGCGUCAGCUGGAUCAAAUCCCGGAGUUGGAUUACUGGGCUAUAGGAUUAGCCAAAAAUGAGAAGCAGCAACGGAGAGAGAAGGCAAAGGCAUCAGAAGUGGAGAGUAAGAGGCUUCACAGCAAUACUGCAUCGCCUGAGGCUGGCAGAGGUCAAGCUGAGAGUUCUCGGGCAGCCAGGACUCGGACUGAGCACAUAUCUCACAUUGAGCCUGGCGCAGACGAGCGCCCAACAACGCCUCCAGCCACACAAGAGCGCAACCUCGUCACCAGAAACUUUCUUACUGGCUUUCGCUCAGAGUUCCUCUAG